AUGGUGCUCAUUACCACACUCACUUCCAUCUCCACGCUCAUUGCUUGUGUCUCCGCUGCUCCGUGGAAGCACUCGUCGCGCUAUGCAACCCAUCGCGUCCGACAGCUCUCAGACAAAACCCUCGAAUCCUAUCACCCUGCGACGACCUACAGGACCUUUGGGCCCGGCGUCGCUUCGCCACUGAAGAAACGGGGUGAGAGUGGAACCCUCGAAGAGAAUGCGGCAUCGUUUAUCAAAGAGGAGCUCAACGUUAGCGCCGACGGGUUUAGGAUUCGUUCCUCGGCCUCUACAGACGCUGGAGGACACGUUUGGGCCCAGCAACUCGUGAAUGGCAUACCCGUCAGUAAUGCUGUCGUCAAUGUCGCGUUCAACAAGGCAGACAAUGUCGUUGCAUUUGGAGCCAACUUCGGUGGGAGCUCACUUGCCCCUGCUCAAAUCGCACCCCCAACGCCUUCUAUCUCCAAAGAGGCGGCUAUUACGUCUGCUGAACAGUCACUCCAAGGCAAGCAUAACGGAUGGCCCCCAAGCUUGGAGUAUUACGUCCAACCCUCUGGCAACUUGGCCCUCAGCUACGUCGUCGAAGUUCUCACAGCCGAUGGCGAUCACUGGUAUGAGGCAUUCGUCAACGCGCUCGAUGGUACCGUGCUCGGUACCAACGAUUUCGUUGCUGGUGAUUCAUAUCGUGCAGUUGACCCGAGGGUCAACGACAUCACCAAGGGGUACAAGCUCUUUGAAAAUCCAGCGGAUGCCUUCUCUUCGCCGAAUGGAUGGCAUACCCUGAAUGGGACCGCGAGCACUGAUACAUCGGGAAACAACGUCAUCACCUACAAGGGGGAUCUGAGCCAGACUACCCAGCAGAGUGCUGACGGACGGGUCUUUGACUAUCCUUACGACUUGACACUCGAUCCCACGGCACAAAUUAACGUCAAGGCUGCAGCUGUCAACACGUUCUUUAUCUCGAACACUAUCCACGAUAUUAAUUAUCGCUAUGGUUUCACCGAGAAGACAUUCAACUUCCAAGAUGACAAUUUUGACAAGGGAGGCCAAGGAAAUGACCGCAUCCUGAUCUCUACUCAGGAUGGCUCGGGAACAAAUAAUGCCAACUUUGCCACUCCAGCUGACGGGAGAAACGGACGCAUGAGAAUGUAUGUGUGGACGCAAAGCACCCCAAAACGAGAUGGUGACCUUUCCAACGAUAUUAUCGCCCACGAGCAAACUCACGGAACUACAAACCGGAUGACCGGAGGUGGUACAGGUAGAUGUCUGCAGACUACGGAGAGCGGCGGGAUGGGAGAGGGCUGGAGUGAUGCAUUUGCUGAUUGGCUCGUACACACCGAUGCAAGCACACCAGAUUUCGUGCUUUCGCCAUGGGCUUCCAACAAGACUUUCGGACUUCGCACCCAUCCUUACUCAACUAACUCGACCACAAAUCCUCUGAUAUAUAGCAACAUUGCCCAAUUGAGCAAGGUCCACCGCAUUGGGGAAGUCUGGGCCAAUAUACUCCACAACGUCUAUGCAGAAUUGGUCAACAACUUCGGUUGGGCCGCAGAUGCAUUCACCAAUGCGGAUUCAAACGCCGGCAAUGUUGUCUUCCUGAGAAAUUUCAUGGACGGUCUUUUGCUCCAACCCUGCAACCCUACCUUCCUGCAAGCUCGCGACGCGUGGAUUCAAGCCGAUCAAAACAGGUAUAAGGGUGCUCAUGUUUGCUCCAUUUGGAAGGCCUUUGCAUCUCGCGGAAUGGGGGUAGGCGCGACGUCCACUUUUGUCGAUUCGUUCGUCGUUCCCAAAGAAUGCCAAGUGUCGGGCACUACGAGUACAGAAACUGGUGCAUCUACUACAACCGUGGAGUCGUCGACGUCCAACUCGACCAGCGAGCCCACGGUUGUACCUACAAACACCGAAUGA